AUGGACUCCAUGGUGGAUGCGAGCCCGGCCAGGUCGCCGAGCGAGUACAGCGAGGGCACCGACGGCGCAAUGGACGGCAUUCCGCCCCCUCCGGCAUGGCAGCCGUUGACGACAGCAGCGGCCAUGCAGCCCGGUCCCGGCUACGGCGCCCGGGAUCUCAACGCCAGCCAGGCACACUCGCAGUCCUCCUGGUGGCACGGCGGCCAGCACGGGGGCCAGCACUACCCGCAGCACUUCGCGCCAACGCAGCGCCUCGACGGGAUGCCCCCGCCGCCGAAUCCGUACGAGCAGGGCGCCAGGGGCGCGCAGCCGCCCGGAGUGCCCUUCCCGGCGCCCCCGCCGCCGUACCACGGGCAGUCGGCGCCGCAGUACGGGCACUACCCGCACCCUUCGGCGCAGCAGCCCAGAAGGUGGUUCUGA